UAUGCCAGUGGAAGGUUGAUCUUAGUUUUGUUUCGCCGUAACAUGCGAUUCGCACUUCACAUUUAACAUGGCUACCAUCGGAAUGAUGUUUGAUCUUGUACAGACUAAUACCGUUCCUACCAAUUACAUGAUGGUAAUGAAAGUUGGUAGUUUACUUGACUGCGCCCAUGAAUGUAUGCGGCAGUCACUGUGUGAGGCCAUGGCCUUUGGUACCCUAUAUUUGGUGUGUUAUUUAUACCAAGGAGCCUUUCAAGCGGACCCGUCUGCUGCGGUGGAUAUGGAGUUGUUGAAAUACAACUUUAACAGAGGCACAGAGUGCAGUGGACCUAUCGGAUCAAUCCCUGGACCUGCAUUUCGGGCUUGUCCUAUUGGCAGCGGUUACAGCUAUCAACCAGAUUUUAACGUGUGUUACAAACGCCUCUACUCAUCCAACCGAGCAGGAAAGGAUACUUGUAUCCAGGAAGGGGGUUCUGAUCUUCUAACGGUUGACACUCAGGAAAAGCAGGACUUCUUCGGGCCUCUGGUUCCAGGGACCGAUUAUACCUACAUCCGAGGAGAUCGGAACCCCAGCACAGGAGAGUGGGCCUACUGGGAUGAAGGGACUACCAGGCCCAUGCCGUUCAUUGACUGGUCACCAGGUCAGCCGAAUGGAGCUACCAAUGGACAGGACUGCAUGGCACUGGACAGAACGGGUCAACAUGAUGCACCUUGUAAUCAUUGGUAUUACUUUUUCUGCGAAUAUUAUAUGCAAUAGAGUUAUGUGUGUUAUUCCGGGUUGUUAUGGGAUGGGUAUUCUUCACUAGUUCAAAAUAAUGGUAACAAAAUACAUAGGUUUUUACCAGUACUGGUCAACAUGAUGCACUCUGCAAUUAUUUUAACAGCUUUCUCUGCGAAUAAUAUAUGUACUAGGCAUGUAUACAUAUGUUGUUCCGCUUUAUGAUAAAUCUUUUGUUAAAUGGUAUUGUAUUUUCCAUGUUUAUUUUUAAAGUUCUGUCUCGCACCCCCUAAGGUGUAUUUAUUGGAAAUAAUACUAUGUGAAGGCGUAUUUUCUGAUAAACUAGGGUCGCCCGUUUGGUUAUCCCCUUGGCUUUACUAUUGUGCUGAGCAUUCUGUAUAAUCUAACAUUAGGCCAAUAGACCAACAGUGCUACAACUAAAGUGUAAAAAUAGUUCAUAUUCAAACAGACAAUAGUUGGAAUGCCAUUGACAGUUACGUGCAUAGAAACAAUAGCAAACACAUCUACUGCAUUUCAGCCGUGUACUGUUGAAGGUUAGUGAGUUUUUGAGUGAGCAAAAUAUUUGGAUAACCCAAAUAAACAGAUGUUUUGAUUUUGUAAGACAUUUUUCAAGAGGCAAAUUAUAACAAAAUGAAACAAAUAUAAGAGAGUCACGAACAUGUAUCCUUUGUGGCAAAUACUUAAGUCUCAUUACAUUUUGUGCAAAAUUUUCAUGUACUACUAGUUAUGAAUUGAACUUUGGGGUGUACAUUAUCAGGCCAAAUAACGGACAAUACAAUUGAUCCAAGUGUUAUCCUGAUGUCCACCUCGUGUGUACCAACAGUUGCGACACCUCAGAGACUAAAACAUGAUUCAUCUAACAUGUCAGUCCAUAGAGAUGUAAAAUCAUCGAUUUGAUCAUCCUAAGGCCUUCCUCGCUAAUAUAGUAAAUAUGUUCGUUUUCAAACCCAAAUUGUGGUGAACAUGCUGAAAUACAUGCAACCCUCCUAAACAGGUUUCUUCAAUUACAUUUAUGCAUGUUGGUUUGGUUGGUUUGUUGUUUAACGCCGCACUCAGCAAUAUUCCAGCUAUAUGACGGCGGUCUGAAAAUAAUCGAGUCUGGACCAGACAAUCCAGUGAUUAAUAUCAUGAGC